AUCGACGAUGGAUGGAACCGUGGAUUUAAUCCGUCAUUUUUCUCUUAUUUGGAAAAAUUCCCACUGACCGACGGAUCGAUCGAUCGGCGCGUUUGUGCAGCACACCACAGUAAAAAAAUCUCCUCGAACUGGUUGAGCCGAACCAUUCCCCCCUUCCCCUCUCCCCCACCCUCUCUCCCGCACCGCACCCGCACCCAGACCUAGCCACCACCAAUGUCAGCGGCGCCGCCGCGCCGGCCGCCGGACGAGGUCCCCCUCCGCCUCCCGCCCGAUGGCCCAGUACGCCUCCUCCGCGCCUCCUCCGCGCCUCCAUGGCCCGCAAGACCUGGAGCCACAAGCGUCUCGCGCCGGGGAUUCCGACGCCGCCUCCACGAGCUCCACCCGGCACCGCCCGCGCUCGGGUUCCUCCACAACCGGGCCGACGAGCGCAGCCCCUGCUUCAUCCCCACCGCCGCCUCGUCCUUCUCCCUCGUCGCCCCGGACCGCCGCUUCCGGCGGGCCCUCGGCUGCCGCCACGGCCGCGCACCUCUUCCUCUCCAACGACGGGUGCGUGCGACCUCCUCGACUGCCUCGCGGGUCCUUUCCGCGAGGCCUUCCUCUUCGCCGUCGAGGGAGACGCUGACAACGACGCGUAUGCUCGUCGGAGACUGGCUGCUGGGGCGAGCUGACCUCGAUGCGCUGCGAUGCGAAAGCGAGUUCUCCAUGGAAUUCACACAACAUUCCUGCGUUCUCGUUGGCAGGUCUCUGCUCUAUUCCAUGUCCAUGGGGACAGUGCGUCGAUCGUGGAGCAUGGCCUGGCAAGCCGCGACCUGACUCUGUUCGGCCAACCAGACAAGUACUACAAGCAGGGAUGCUAUCAAGGAUGGGGAUUUUGUCAACGCCUUUUAAUGCGUCAGCCACAACCUCAAGAUCAGGGCUCCUUGUUAUGGAGAAGGUGCUCUCGAGGGUGCUAGCACACUCAACAAACAUGGAUGUGCCUUGCUACCCAAAGAUUCUCCUGGUGAUGUUCCUAAGAGGGCACCAGAUGAAGAAUCGGCGAAGGGUACAACCAGCAAAGAUGAUGCCGGGAACCUGACGACCUCUGAUAGCAAUGUUGAUGGUGCUUCACCUUCUUCGGAGAAGGCUGGUGAGUUUUUCUAUUCAGCUCAAAGAAGCGCUGUAGCACAAGAGAGGCAAUUGGAAGCAAAUCAGUCUGGUCAGAAUUCACCGGAGAGUCUUUCCUUGGAGCAGGAUUCUCAAUUGGCAGCUGAAAGAUUAGUGAGACUGGUUGAUUCUGAACAUGUACCAUCUGUUCCAUGUGAGAGAAAUAGCAUGUCGAUAUCAUCUUGAAAUAAUCACAGCUGGGGGGAACGAGGUUGGUUGCUGAGGGUGAUGUGCAGAGCGGGAGGAAGGAGGUGUGAGGCUUGGAACUCUCCUUGUGAAGGGCUCAGGGACAGCAGUGAGGAGCAUGGCAGGUGUCCAACUCGACCUCCUCGGCAACUGCAACAACAAGGGUGGCCGUGGCAACAAGGGAGGAGACAACAACUAGCAGAGCAAUGAGAUCGCUAAGUCUCUGAUCCCGCCACUUCCUGCUCGAUUCGCUUGGCUCCUGUGCUGAUUUCUCUUUGUUUUCCCAGGUUUGUUGUGGUUGCAAAAUGGCGCAGAGCAACUGGGAAGCGGACUACGGACAUGAUGUGUGAUGUACACAUCCAUGGCUAUUUGCUCAAGUGGAACAUCCAAACGGCCAACCUGUUCAUGGUGGAGGGGGCGAUGCCUGCUAAGUCCUCCAAUUCAUGCUCAGGUGCAACCUGGAAUCAUUGGGUUUAUGACAUUGGGUGGCAGUAUAAUUCUCAUGCUGACGACAAUUAUUUUUUUUGACGAGGAUUCAGUGGUUGUCUGUGGCAUGUGUUCAACUAGGAACUCGUCAUUAUUGGAGUCUUUUCAUCUGUAUAUACCAAAGCAAGGCGGGAGAAGAAGCAGAUUGAUUGAUGAAGGAAACACAUGAAAAAGAGGAAAAGAACAGCUAAAUGAUUGAUGGGGCAUGUGACUUCUCCCUGUUGGUUCUCAUUUCUGCAAAUUAAACCAAUAAUCGAUAUUGUCAGUUUGAGAGUAUGCUGGUUGUGAGAGUUAAUGAAGAUGGUAACUCAUGCUGUUGAAAGUACACAAGCAGUCACUAUUAAGGUCUACCGAAAAACUUGUAGAUAUGUUUGGGAGCCUUUGUUGUAGCCAACAAAUUGUUCCUCAGAAAUUUAUAUUAGUUCUGGUGAUUAAAUAUAAAGCAAUGCCUCAAAAUCUUCUACGGGACAUAUGUUUUUGACAAAGUCUACAGGACAUAUGACUAAGACAAGACUCAUGCCAUAAGGUUCUCCAAAAUCCUUUGUUCAAGCAGAAAAACCUUUUUACACAACAACCUCAUUUUUCUCCAGUUUGGGGAUGGCAACAGUUCUACUCACGAUGGUGCUGCAUGCUGGAAGUACUCAUUAUCCUGUUGGCUCUACUCUGGGUUCCAUAUUAUGGAGAAGGUGUUCUGGAUGGUCCUAACACGCUCAUAAACAUGGAUGUGCCUUGCUACCCUCCGGGUGGUGUUCCUAAGACGGGAACCAAAUGAAGAAUCGGUGAAGGGUACAACCAAUAAAGAUGAUGCCGGGAACUUGACGACCUCUGGUAGCAAUGUUAUCGGUGCUCCACCUCUGGAGAAAGCAUGUGGAAGAUCAUUUCCUUUGUUCUCUGAAUUGCAUGCACUUUGGUGAACAAAAAGUAUGAUUGGUGUUCCUGGUGAAAACUAGUGAAGCUAGAAGAUGCUAUGAGAAGGAACUUGCCAAGACUAUUUGAAGAACAGCCUGAUCUCCUGCAUGAGGGAGUGUUGGAACUGGAACGAGGCGUAGGGGGUUGUGGUACAUGGACCACAACAUGACGAACCAGGAGGGGGUGCACAUGCUGGCUGCAGUUGUUGAGGAUAAGGAGACUAGAGUCCUAAUCCAUCACUGUAGGAUGGGGCACGUGUCUUUUGAUAAGAUGUAUCAAGUAUUUCCUAAUGUAAUGAGUGGUGUGGAUAGUUGCAAUGUGAUGCGUGUGAGUUUGCUAAACACACCAGAAACUCAUAUGUAAGAGGAUCAGGAGCAUAUCUCUUUUUGUGUUAAUCCACUUUGAUGUAUGGACAUGUCCAGUGUUAUCUGUUAGUGGUAUGAAGUACUUUGUUAUGUUCAUUGAUUGCCAUUCACAGAUGACUUGCGUCUAUCUUAUAAUCCAUAAAUAUGAAGUGUUUCAGUCUUUCGAAGUUUUUUAUGCACUUGUCCAGACCAAUUUAAUGUAAAAAUUCAAGCACUCGGAUCUGACAAUGGCACCGAGUAUGUUAACAAGGCCAUUGAUGCCUUCAUGUUGGACAAGGGCAUCCUGCAUCAAACAUCUUGCCCGGACACACCUCCUCAGAAUGGGGCGGCAGAGAGGAAAAAUCGCCACCUGCUAGAGGUGGCCCGGGCGGUGAUGUUCACUACGAAUGUGCCCAAGUUCCCGUGGGAUGAAGCUGUGAUGAUGGCCACCUUCUUGAUCAACCGCACGCCAUGAAUGUGCCCAAGUUCUUGUGGGAUGAAGCUGUCAUGAUGGCCACUUUCUUGAUCAACCGCACGCCAUCCCGGUAAGAGGUAUUAAAUCAUUGUGUGAGUUGGUUUUCAUAGAAAUUAAAUUCCUAGUUUCCCCCAAGGUGUUCUGUUACACUUGUUCUGUUCGUGGUCAUAGGCCAUCAAUCAACAAGUUGGAUCCUUGGGCAGUCAAGUGUAUCUUUAUUGGGUAUUCUUCAGGACAAAAAAGGUACAAAUGCUGGAGUCCCUGUGAGAGGCGGACAUUUGUGAGCAUGGAUGUGGCGUUCCAUGAAUCGUUCCCUUUUAUGGUGAGAAAACUGAUCCAAGUGUCUUGUUUGAAGACCUUUACCAAUGUCUCCCACCGAAAAUAGGCCAAGUGGGGAGAGUAGUAGCACACAGAUGCAGCAAUCACAAUCACCUUUAGCAACAAGUGGCUCAAUAGUAACUCCUGUGUCUCCUUUGUUACAAGCAUCGACUUCCACCGAUGAUGUGCAAAUUGGCACAAUGACACCAACUCUGAUUGGUAGUGUGCUGAGGUGGACAAUAGAGCGAGUUUUCCCCGUUAGGGUUUUGAGUUCCUCCGGUGGCGAGAACGCCGAGAGUAAACUUUCUCCGUCCACCGCUUCUCUACCCCUCGAGAGCACUCCGGUCCAGGGCUCGUCUCUGGUCGUGGCUGCCCCCGGGAUACGGUGGUGUUGUUCUACCCUCUCAAGGUUAGGGUUUCUCGGGCAAGCUUGAGAUGGCAUCUCAGGAGGAGGCGGGCGGAUCACGCCCAAGGAAGGAACCGAUCGAGGAUCUCCUGAAGCGCCUGGAUCUGCAGGAAGAAGAAGAGGAAAACUUCGUUUGGGAGGAGGAAUUCCAGGAAAAUCAGGUGGAGGCGAAGUGGCUCGUGAUAGCAAAAGUCCAUACCGAUAAAGGGUUUAGUCCAUCUGCCCUGUACUCGCCUAUGAGAUCCGCCUGGAAUCCGGCGAAGGAGCCGCGAUGGCGCAGGGUUGAAGAUAACCUAUUCAUGGUUCAGUUUGGCUGCCUGGGUGACUGGAACACGGCGAUGAACACGGGGCCGUGGCUCUUCCGUGACCAUGGCCUUCUGAUUGCGGAAUAUGAUGGGUUUACGAAUCCAACUUCUGUAGUGCUUAACAAACUAGUGGUAUGGGCAAGAAUCUUGAAGCUGCCUAAUAACUAACUAAUUCCUGCAGCAAUCAAGGGGGGGUGCAGGAAGAUGGGGAAGAUCUUAGAGAUUCAAACUACCCUACUGGCGGGUUUUGCAGGCGAAUUUGUUCGAGUUAGAGUGGAACUUGAUGUCACAAAAAAGCUAAUUCUGUUUGUUGGGAUCACAAAGCAGGAAGUCACAGACUACUACCAAGUUCAAUAUGAGAAGCUACCUAUUUUAUGUGGGCAGUGCGGUCUGAUGGGACAUUGGUACCAAGAGUGUGGUACGGGGGAACAUGAUGUUCCCAAGCUUGAAUGGGGAGAUUUCCUGCUAGCAGAUGGGGGUAGAGGCCGUGGUGCUGGACGAAAUACGGGAAGAGGACGAGGUGAUGCUGGAAGAAACGGAGAAGGUUUUGGUAGGGGCCGUGGCAGGGGUGAUCCCAUCCCUACCUCUGGUGGUAUGAACAUGAACAUGACGACAAGCUGGCGUCAUAAUGCUCUCUAUAAUAAUGGUGGGUCCCAAACCUUGGCUACAGAAGGUAACACUUUUGUGAGGACCGAGACUGAUCAUGUAAUUGCAGGAACGACCAUGGAGUCGGAUUCCAUGAAUCUGCUGGGUAAGUGCUCGGCACCUGAUUCUCUGGCAGAAAAAUUGGGGCCGAGCUCGUCCCUUGCACUGAUCCCGGUGGGAGGGCAGGCCGUACCAAAGGCGUCAGUGGUGACCAAUCUAGUGGAUCGCAUUGAAAGAGAUAAUUCGGGGGAGGAUAAGCAAGAGAAUGCAAACACACCCCAGAAAAGUCUCAAUAGGAAGAAACUGAGAACUGUGGAUGGUGGUGCAGUUGACAAUUCUGAUGGUUCUACAACUCAUGAGAUAUCGGCGUCCUCCAGCGAGGAGGAUGUCCGGAUGCAAUGAAAAUCAUAGCAUGGAACUGCCGGGGCCUUGGGAAUGCCCCGACAGUUCGAGCUUUGCUGGAUGUCCAGCAAAGAUAUCUCCCCGAUGUGAUGUUCUUGUCGGAGAAUCACCUCGAUCGCUAUCCGGCUGAGGGUUUACGUAGAAGAUUGAAGAUGGAUCAAAAGUUUGUUUGCACAAGUGAUGGAAGGAAAGGAGGGUUGAUGCUUCUCUGGAAUAAUAAUGUAAAAGUCCAUAAACUGGCUCUUGAUGCGAUGUUUAUUGAUGUAAGGAUAGAGGAAAGCAACAACGUGUCCUGGCGCCUGACAGGAAUGUAUGGAGAGUUUAAGUGGGCAAAUAAACACCUGACAUGGAGCCGAAUGAGACAGCUAUAUCAGAACAAUAACCUACCCUGGCUUAUGAUUGGUGAUAUCAAUGAGAUUCAGUUUACCCAUGAAAAGGAGGGAGGCAAUCCUCGUCCUACACAAUAUAUGCAAGCUUUCCAGGAAGCCAUUGAGGAUUGUGAGCUUCAUGAUCUAGGAUUCCUUGGUGAUAAGUUUACUUGGCGAAGAGGAAGAAUACGUGAAAGACUAGAUAUAGGUCUUAUAAGUGAUACUUGGGCAGCCCUUUUCCCACAUGCGGCAUUGGAGAAUCUAGAAUACAAUCACUCUGAUCACAGGCUGCUCCUGGUUAACACAGACUACUAUGAUGGGUUGGGGAAUAGUAGUGGCAGUGCGUGUCCAAGGAGAUUUGAAGCGAGAUGGUUUCGUGAAAAAGAUUUCUGUAAUCUGGUCACAGAAGCUUGGGCAGAAGCGGGCGAAACAACUGGCGUGUCAGUUAUAGCUGCAAAGUUAAAGUUGAUGCAUGCUAAAUUCCAUGAUUGGGAUCAGUGUGUGUUAAAGAAGCCAAAGAAAAGAUUACGCCAAGCCCAAAGGGAAUUGGAGGAGGCGAUGCCUGGUCCGAUGGACGAUGAAUCUGACACAAAAAGGAAGGAGCUAGCUGAGUAGUGGAAUACCUACUGGAAAUUGAGGAGAUACAGACAAUGCAGCGCUCAAGGGCAACAUGUCUCACUUAUGGUGACCGAAAUACAAUUUUUUUUCCAAGCUUUUGCUUUUGCUAGGAGGAAAAGAAACUAUGUCAAGAAACUGAAAGACGAUGGAGGGAGCUUUAUCGAGGGUAAUCUUCCCACCAAUUAUUGAUAUUUUUCUUUAUCCACCGAGACACUAGAUUGAGCACUCACUAUGGUUUUGGUCAACUGGGGUUGAAGCAGCUCAACCCAACAUGCAAACAUCAUAGAGGAGGUCCAAGGUAUAAUUUCUUUGAAAGUUAGCUAUUCCUUCUCGAGACCUGGCCACUUCCAUACAAGGAAAUACUUCAGUCGACCAAGAUCUUUAAAUUUGAAGGCCUUACUCACACACCCCUUUAACCUUGUUAUCUCUACGUCAUCGUCAAUGGUGAUAAUGGUCUCAUCAACGUAAAAUGCAAUGGUGGCCACUUUUCUUUUUAGAGUGUAUAAAACAAUGUAUGACCACCAUUGCAUUGUCCAUACCCCAUGUCACAUAUCGCCCGUCUAAACUUGUCAAACCAAUCUCUUCGAGUCCGCUUUCGUCCGUAAAGGGCUUUCUUCAGCUUGCGUACCUUUCCAACAGUCUUAGAAGUCGAGAACCUAGGUGGAAUAUCCAUGUAUACCUCCCCCUGCAAGUCCCUAUGCAGGAAGACAUUCUUCACAUCGAGCUCAUGUAAAGGCCACCUGGAAUUUGCUAUGCAGGAGAUCAAAAUCUUCACGACGCUACUAGAGCAAAGGUCUCAAUGUAGUCAAUGCCAUAUUUCUGCUUGUAGCCCCUCUCCACAAUUCUUGCUUUGUACCUUUCAAUCUUUCAUUUUGCAUUCUGCUUCAUAGUGUUAUACCCUGUUGCAGUUGACUGACUUCUUUCCUGUUGGAAGGGUUGUUAGAGCCUGUUUGAGACUGCUCUACUCCUUAAAAUUCAGCUCCGCUCCAGAAAACAUAAGCCAAACAGGGUAGCUCCACGAUAUGCCGCUCCGCAAAAAAACUAGAAUCUGGGGUACAGCUUCCGGUUUUUUCUCUUCAAGGGGUGCUCCAAAAAACUCUAGAAGCUGGAGUUGGGUGGAAAUUACCCACCACUGCCACCAGUAAGUGGAUACCCCUUCGUUUCUCCCCCCUCAACCAACCAAAUAGAUCCUUAACACCAAAUUUCUUAUUCUUGAAGCUGGAGCUAGAUGGCAGCCAAACAUUCUCUUUGGUAGUACCACAACUUCUAGAUGAACCUGCUCCAAAGUGAAUUUAGUGGAGCGAAACCGAUUUUUGUGAAGCGGAGCAGUCCCAAACAGGCCCUUAGUACCCAUGUCUUGUUCUUAGACAUAGCCUCCAUCUCAUGCACCAUGGCCUCCACCACUUUGAGUCCUCCUUCACCUUCCAGUCAAUUGGUACGUGGACUAAAGAGAAGCAACAGAUGCUUUGUGGGUUGGAGAUAAUGCUUCAUACAACAACAACAAAGCCUUUAGUCCAAAACAAGUUGGGGUAGGCUAGAGGUGAAACCCAUUAGGAUCUCGCGACCAACGCAUGGUUCUAGCACAUGGAUAGCAAGCUUCCACGCACCCAUGUCCAUGGCUAGUUCUUUAGUGAUAUUCCAGUUCUUCAUAUCUCUCUUUACGGACUCCUUCCAUGUCAACUUCGGUCUACCCCGACCAAGCUUCCACGCACCCAUGUCCAUGGCUAGUUCUUUAGUGAUAUUCCAGUUCUUCAUAUCUCUCUUUACGGACUCCUUCCAUGUCAACUUCGGUCUACCCCGACCUCUCUUGACAUUAUCAGCACACUUUAGCCGCCUGCUCUACACUAGAGCUUCUGGAGGCCUGCACUGAAUAUGCCCAAACCAUCUCAGACAAUGUUGGACAAGCUAAUAUCAUUUUCAUUGAACCCAUAUCAUUUCUCUGGUAUCCCUUUUGUUGCCCGACUAGUUCUCCUCUAAACCAUUGCCCGUUCAGCUUGAUCCUUGUUAGAGGAGAUGGAAAUCACAUCAGUACUUCCUUGUUUUGUCAAUGGCUGAUCUAGUUGGUCCCCUUGAAGUGCAACAUGCUCACCUCUCUUGUGAAUACACCUUUAGCUGCUCCUCUUGCUUUGUUGUCCACCUCAGCACAAUACUGAUCUGAGCUAACUUCCAAGAAUACACCUUUUUUUUGAGGGAAGGCCAUCAUGGCUAGCUUUCUUACGAAUUAAAACGGGAUUACAUCAUCCAGGAGUUUGGGUAUUACACAAGCUGGAGGAUCGUUAGCCCAACUCCUAUUAAGCUUAUUACAAUAACAAUAAUUUGCUAGCACAUGCGCUACUUGGUUCGUUUCACGACCACAAUGCAUGAAUUUAACCUUCCCAAUCAUCGAUGCCACUUCCACACACUCGGCGAAGAUGACUGCAGCAACAUCCCACCAUCUGUUUUGGCCUGAGCAUUGUUCAAUCACCGUUGUAGAAUCUGAUUCAGCUUUAACUCUAGGAAAGCCCAAGGAAUUUGCCAAUACAAGUCCAUCCCUCAUUGCUUGAGCUUCAGAGGAUACCACAUCCACAGCAUGCGGUAGAAAGGUGCAUUGAGCUGCCAAAAACUUCCCCUUCUCAUCUCUGAUAACUGCAGCUGUUGCCCCCGCCCUCUCAUUCUCAAAGAAUGCUGCAUCAACGUUCACCUUGACAAACUUCGGUUCUGGUUUCGUCCAUCUCUGUAUCUGGUUGUCUCGGGGAUUAUGAUUUGCUUCCUGGAAAUUGUUGGCAAUUGCCAUUACCGACAUAGACCAUCUGGAGAUUAGUGGAGGUGAGCCAUUAUGUGUGAUCUCAUGACUGAUCCACCAUAGAUACCAUCCCCCCACUGCAGUGACUUGCUUGACAUCUAAACUAGGCUUAAGAGCAAACGAGCGAUCAUCCAUCAACAACAAAUUUUCCAGGACCACCGAUCCUGAUCGCUGCCCCUCCAUAGCUUGUUCAACAAUUUCUAAUAUUCCCAAACUUCUCCAUAAUUCCUUCGCAUGCAUGCAGCCGAAUAGAAGAUGUUUAAUAUCUUCAGGCCCUCCAUGGCAUAUUGGGCACCCGCUUUCACUUCCAACAUGGCGAUUUGCGAGAAUAGAUUUUAGGGGGAUAAUUCCAUGCAAUGCCCGCCAACAGAAGAUAGAAACUUUAUGUGGGAUCUUAAGUUUCCAAAGUUUCCUCCAAAUCUCCGGAGUUUGAGAGCCCGCUGGACGCCCUGUCCUAUUUGCAUGCGCCCUAAAAGAUCGCUCCCAUUGCACUUUGUACGCUGAUCGAACAGUAAAAAUGUCGUUACGUUCAGGAUGCCAUGCAAUGAAAUCAUCAAAGGAAUUAGUGUUGACUGGGAUCUGUAAUAACCUCUGAACAUCCACCGGAUUAAAGAUAGAUCUGAUGAUCUCCUCAUCCCAUGUUCCUGUAUAAGGAUCCAGUAGCUCGCUAACUGAGGUUAGGAUAGAUUGGCCCCGACUUGAGAUUACCUUUCGGUCUGGACUUGCAGGUAUCCAUGGAUCCUGCCAAAUGUUGACACUCUCUCCGGUACCAAUUCGCCAGAUAUAUCCCAACUUGAAAGUCUCCAAUCCCUUCAUCACACUCUGCCAUGUGAAUGAAGCACCGUUUUUAAGUGUUGCAUGAAGUAAAUCAACAUUUGGGUAGUAUUUUGCCUUUAACACUCGAGCACAAAGGGACUUAGGGUUAGUAAUCAGGCGCAACACUGUUUUGAGAGCAUUGCCAAGUUAAACGAGUACAAAUCCCUGAACCCCAUACCACCUUCAAUUUUGGGGUAGCACAUUUUCCACCAUGUAUACCAAUGCAUUCUUUUAUGAUCCUCAUCAUCUCCCCACCAGAACUCCGCAAUCAUAUCUGUGAUUUCCUUGCAGAUCCCUUUCGGAAUACUGAAUACUGACAUUGCAAACACUGGAAUUGCUUGGGCAACAAAUUUGAUAAGUAUUUCCUUACCUCCUGUGGAGAGUUGUUUCUCAAUCCAUCCUUUGUACCUUUCCUUGAUUCUUUCACACAAGUGUCUGAAACAAUCACUCCGGUCUGCUCCCACCAAUGCAGGCAAUCCAAGAUACUUAUCUGAUAAUGCUUCAGUAUCAAUAUUAAGGAUUUGGCAAAUUUCAGUCCUAGAUACAACCGAAGUGUUUGGGCUGAAAAACACACUUGAUUUGUUCACACUCACCAUUUGUCCCGAACUCUGGCAAUAGGUUUCUAUAGCAUGCUGUAAGGAAGCUGCAUUUAAGGUAUCUGCUGUCAUAAGAAUCAAAGAGUCAUCAGCAAAUAAAAGAUGUGAUACUGAUGGUGCAUUUCUGCACACUCUGAUUCCUUCAAUGCCACCAGCUUCUUCAUACUGCAGUAAACUAGAAAGACCUUCCGCACAUAAGAGGAACAAAUAAGGGGAGAUAGGAUCUCCCUGCCUUAAACCCUUGGUAGGAACAAGAACUUCUGUCUCCUGGAAAUUAAGUCUUACUUUGUACUUAACAGAGGUCACACAUGCCAUCAUCAUAUCUAUCCAGUGUUCAUGAAAACCCAAUGCAGCCAUCAUAUCAUGUAAGAAUGACCAUUCAACCCUAUCGUAAGCUUUAUGCAUGUCCAAUUUUAUUGCACAAAGGCCACUACCAGUUCUCUUAUUUUUGAUCUUAUGCACACAUUCAUAAGCAAUCAAAAUGUUAUCGGUAAUCAUCCUUCCAGGUACAAAAGCGCUUUGUGUGGGAGAUAUAAUAUCAGGCAGGAUAUUCUUCAACCGCAGUACUAACAUUUUGGAGAUGAUUUUAUGAAGAACAUUACAGAGACUUAUAGGACGAAAUUGAUUGACUAGCUCGGGUGUUUCAACUUUCGGAAUCAUUACAAUUACCUUUCCAAUCAUCGGGUAUUUUCCUGGAGUUGAUUGCUUGCAACACCUCAUUCGAUAUAUCUUCUCCAAUGACAUGCCAAAACUUCUUGAAGAAUAUAGCAUGGAUACCAUCUGGGCCAGGGGCUUUCAGAUAUACAAGAGUUAGGGACACCUUGUCAGGCAUGGUUAUUGUGGUGCUGAUUGGGCUAGCUGCCUAGAUGACAGGAGAUCAACUUUAGGCCAUUGUGUUCUCAUAGGAGGAAAUCUAGUGUCAUGGAGAAGCAAGAAACAUGUUUCCAAAUCAACCACAGAGGUUGAAUACAAAGCCAUGUCCUAGGGAUUGAGUGAGUUGUUAUGGACAAGGAAUCUAUUAGAAGAGCUAAAAAUAUUUAAGACCAGUUGUAUGAAUGUAUGGUGCAACAACAAGUCGGCAAUUAACAUAGCAAACAACCCAGUUCAACAUGAUAGAACCAAACAUGUGGAGAUUAACAUAUUCUUUAUCAAAUAAAAAUUGCAUGCUAGGAUCAAGAUAAUGUGAGUUCAGGGCAGCAAAUUGUAGAUUUGCUUGGCUAAAGCACUGGGAACUAUAGGAUGCAGUUUAGCGUGUGACAGCAUGGGAAUGAGAGAUAUCUAUCACCCCUCUUGAGGGGGAGUGUUUUAUGAGUGCCCAUCACCUGGCCCAUGAUGCCUAGGCCCACUAUUGCCAAGUGACCUAGGAGGAGGGCGCGAGGAUGUCUGCUCAGACAAGAGUCGCCAGUGCAUCGACACACAGGUUAGCCCAUGAGGCCCAUGUCCACUACCGCCAAGCAACCUAGAAGGAGGGCACGAGGGCGUCUGCUCAGUCAAGAGCUACCAGUGCUAUCGACGCCCUGGUUAGCCUCCAUCUCAAUAGUUCUUAAUAGAAGUUAAUAUGCAACUUAAUUGGUGGAGUUUAGUUAAGAACAUUUAGCAACUUGGGAAACUCGUGGAUUAGAUAACGUGCAGCUAGUAGGCAAUUUAGCGUUAAAUAACCAAAACACAGAGCUAUUAGUUGGGGUGCACCUAUUAUUUGACCCCUAGACAAUGCCUAUGAUAAGGAUUCUGAGUUGAGCGACUAGUCAUACGGUCUUAACAUCACUGUCGACCAGGUGUAUCGACUUGACUCAUAGAGGUAAUCAAUCGACUACUCGACUUCUCCAUGACUAAUCUUGGCUAGUCCAGGAAUUUGAGUCGAGCAACUACUAUUUUGUUGUAAAAGGGCCCAUCCUUAGGUGUUAGGGCUGGGGGAUAAAAGGCCAUGCUCGUGGAACCUUAGCUCCAGAAGAAGCUCUCCAGCCCGACACCCAUCCAACUGCCUCUUCCGUUGCCACCUCUACUGCCCUUGCCGCGUCGCCAACUGUUAUUGCUCUACCCCUAGCUAUCCUCCACGGCUGUAGUAGGUUGUUCCUACUAUUGGUGUUUUUCUCCUUUGCCAGCUCUUCUCCCCUAGCUGAUGUUGCUGUUGCUCUAUGUGCUGCUUCGCUCCUCCUUCAGCUAGUGCUGUGGUGCUUGGUGUUGCUCCUCCCUUCUUCUUCUCAUGGUCGAUGGGAGAGGUACCAACAACACCGCACCCUGAUGACAACGUCUCUGCCUAAAUUGAAGUGGAGGAUUUGGUUGCGCACUAUUGGAGUCUCAUCGUGACCGACUUGGUCGAGCUUUCCCAUCGAUUCAAUCCAUCCACUUAAGAGUGUUCUGGUUGUUGUCGCUGCUGUUUUCUGGGAGGUUAAUACAAAGGUGGUCGCCGCCGAGCCGCAUGGGAACCAGUGCUGGUCAGGAUCGCUUCAGCGUCGGACCUCGCUGAGCACCACGUCCUGUUCAAUAUCCUUGUAGGCUAGGUGCCAUGGCAGCCAUUGUCGCGCUGCAUGGGGGUGGGUGUUAGAUUAAUCAUGUCCUUUGUUAUUCGCUUUGCUUUCUUCUUUGAGUUUGUUGUAAUAAUAAACAGGUGCAUAGGCCACAAAGUGUUGGCCAUGCCCUGAACACUAUGGGCUCCUUGACUUGCUAGGCACAACAGUCAGCAGAACUAUAGAAGGCAGAGUGGAUGAGCAGGGUGCAGCUGGCGGGCGCGCUCCUGAGUGUAAGCUGCUGCGGCAAAGGGUGCAUAUCUCCUCGGCUCUUGCCACUUGAGAAUUAAUCCCGAAAAUACCAAAAUGGCACUCGGUGUAGUGCCGACCAAAACACUCAUCUUUUCUUGGUUCUCUCUUGAUGGUAUUCCUCUGCUUCUUGGUUGCAGUUUUAGUGUGCGCUCAACCCGUUUGAGCUUUUGCCUGAUUUAGGUUCCUGUGAGAUUGAGCGUCUCGUGGAAUCCACGGUCAUAAUGAAGCCGAGGAAGGCUUGUAGACCAUCAUUUGGCAUCGGAGCUCGAGGCAGGAGGAGAAAGCAAUGGUAGAUUCACCAUUGCUGACGGAGAUAGCCAAGGCAACGAAGAAGCGGAUCGAGGUGCAACUUGCAGAAUUGCUGGAAGCGGAGCAGAAGCUUAAGGCCAUCAAGGACAUCGGAGGUGGCUAUGCAGCCCGUCAUUGUGCCUCAGCGACCACGCCUCCAUGUCACAUGGCCGCAGUUCACGCGCACAAACUAUAUGAUUUGGGCCAUGAAGAUGUGUGUGGCCCUGCAAAUCGGCCCAUGUGUGGGAGGUGAUGGAGAGCACAACCGUGGACUAUGACAUGGAUAGGGAAGCUUUGUUCACGAUCUAUUCUGCUAUACUAGAUUCCGUGACAUCGUUCCUCGCUGGCUGCGAUUAUGCUAAAACCGCUUGGGAUGCCAUCAAGAUAUCUCAUUUGGGGCAUGAUCGUGUGCGGGAAGCAAGUCUUCAGUCACCACGCAAGGAAUUUGAGGAGUUGCAGAUUGGAGACACGGAGUUCGUUGAUGACUUCGUGAGCAGGAUUACAAUGCCCCCUUGCAGGGAUCCGUGCACUUGGUGACAUAUUGUCAGAGUUGUUCGUAGUCCAGAAGUUCCUUCAAGCGGCACCGGUGCACUAUAUGUAGACUGUCACUUCGAUUGAGCAAUAUAUGCCGCUUAAACCCUCACUUUGGUGGACCUCGUUGGACGAUACAAGGCGCAUGACGAGUGAGUUUGUCAAACGCUUCGGCAACCCCAUCGAUGGUAUGCACCUUAUGGUAUCUCGUUGUUUCGCUGGUAACAAGAGAUCCGGGGUGAGUUCUCGGAGUGAAGAAAAGGUAGGAGGAGGUGGAAAUGUUAUUGCUAGUAGACAGAGCAUAGAACAAUUAAUGGGGGAAGGGAAGCUUGCCAAGAAAAAAGUGAGAUGUCAUAAUUGUGGCAGAAAAGAUGGCCACUUAGGAUGCUGAUCUGCUGUUGUAUGAUCCUGAAAGAAAAUUGCUGGCAAGAGUGAAAAGAACUCGAAAUAGAUUAUAUAGCCUUGAUCUUAGUCUGACAAGGCCAAUUUGCUUGACGGCAAAUGCAGGGGAUACUUCAUGGACUUGACAUGCUAGGUAUGGACACCCAAAUUUCAAUGCAUUGCGUGAUCUUGCUAGAAAGCAAAUGGUUGUGGGACUAUCAUAGGUAGAUCAUAUAGAACAGAUCUGUGAUGGUUGCAGGGUAGAGCAAUCACUAAGACUUGUGCAUGCUGAUCUAUGUGGGCCUGUAUCACUAAGACUUGUGCACGAUGAUAUAUGUGGGCCUGUAUCACCACCAACGGCGGUAGGAAAUAAAUACUUGUUGGUUGUUGAUGAUUACAACAGAUACAUGUGGAUAAUUUUGUUAAAAAGUAAACAUCAGGCUUUGGCAACUAUACAUAAAGUCAGAAAGAGAGGAGAGCUGAGAAGGAAGUGAGUUGUGAACUGAAAUAUCUUAGAAUAGAUAGAGAUGGAGAGUUUAAUUCAAAGAAUUUUGUUGAAUAUUGUGAUGAGCAUGGAAUUAAGCAUUACCUCACUGCACCUUACUCACCACAACAAAAUGGUGUGGUAGAACGCAAAAUCAGACAAUCGUCUCCAUAGUAAGAAUUCUUUUGAAAAGCAUGUGUGUUCCUAGACCAUUUUGGAUAGAGGUAGUCACCACGGUUGUGUAUAUCUUGAAUAAAGCUCCUCCAAAGUGUGAAGGAUAGGAUACCGUAUGAGGCUUGGUUUAACAGAAAGCCAAAAUUUAUCACUUCCGCACUUUUGGUUGUGUUGCUUAUGUAAAGAUCACAAAGCCAGACCAGUCUAAGCUAGAGGACAGAAGCAUCUGCGUUGUUCCAAUUGGAUACGAACCACUGACAAAAGCCUACCAGUGUUUCAAUCCUACAAGCAAGCAAGUCAUUGUCACAAUGAAUGUGGUGUUUAAUGAAGCAAAACCGUGGGAUUGGAGUGCGGUGUCUAAUCUAGAGAUGCAAAAUAGGGGAAUUGAGUUUUUAGUGUACUAUCCUGCAUUAGAAGCUACUACUGAAAGUGAAGUAGCAGUAAGGAUCGAGCAAAUCACUCGGCACUCAUGCUCAACACCAGAAGUGGGUGUGAAUGGAGCUGCAGAUGAGGCAACUCCUAACACUCACCACAACCUGGUUUGAUGGGGGGGGGGGGAGGGGAUAACUUGAGCUCAGUGAUCUCAACACAGACUUCAAGUGUUGGUCUUUAAGGGUAUCGUAAGAUUCAUGAUUUGCUGGAUAAUAUCCUUGUGACCUUGACCUCAGUGAUGAGAAUGAGUGCAUGCUUGGGGCAGAAGACUCGAUGUCUUUAGAAGAUGCAUAGGAAGAGGCAUGUUGGCGAAGAGCCAUUGAUGAAGAGAUGUCAUUAAUAACUGAGAAUGAUACUUGGUUCCUAAUCGAUCUCCUGGGGGAACACAAGGCUAUGGGUCUCAAAUGAGUGUACAAAGUCAAAAAGAGUCAAAGUGGUGAAAUUUUAAAGCGCAAGGCUCGCCUAGUUGCAAAAGGGUAUGUGCAGAAAAAGGGAGUAGACUUUGAGGAAGUUUUUGUUCCUAUACCUCAUAUUGAAACUAUGUGGCUACUUGUUGUGUUGACAGCUCAAGAGGUUUGGAGUGUUCAUCAUAUGGUCGUUUAAGUCAACUUUUUUGAACAAUGAAUUACGCAAAAAUGUAUAUGUCAAACAACCUCUGGGUUACGAACAAGUAGGCAAAGAAUUCAAGGUUCUGAAAUUGAGAAAAACUCUGUAUUGACUGAAGCUCGAUGCAAGUUUAUAUCUUUGGGUUUUGCAAGGUCUCCUCUAGACCAUGGUGUCUAUACUAGAAACUCUAGUGGAGCUUGAUUAGUUGUGGGAGUAUAUGAUGAUGAUUUAAUCAUUACACACUCAAGUGAUUCCGGGAUUGCAAACUUCAAGAGUAAAAUGAUGGAUUUGUUCAAGAUGCGUGUUCUUGGAUUGUUGUCCUACUAUUUGAUCAUUGAAGUUGCUCAAGGUCCAGAUGGUAUCACACUCUGCCAGACAUGAUAUGCCUUGAAAAUUCAUGAGAAGGCAGGGAUGAGUGCAAUUUAAGUUAGAUUCCAAUGGAACCAAAACUGAGGCUACACAAGUCAAAAGGAUGAAGAGAUGGUGCAUCCUACAAUGUAUAGGAGUCUCGUAGGCAGCCUGAGGUAUUUGUGUAACACCAGGCCAUAUCUUGCUUACUCAGUGGGAAUUGUAAGCAGAUCCAGGCAGGAACCUAUAAUGUCCCAUAUGGUUGCUAUAAGUCGGAUCUUGAAGUACAUAAAAGGAACCACUUCCCUUUGUUGUCAUUACAACAGAAAAAAGAAGAAUCACCAACACUUGUGGGAUACAGUGAUACUGAUCUAGUGGGAGACAUCAAUGACUUUAAGAGUACAAGUGGUAACAUGUUCUUCCUUGGCUCGAAUAUCAUCUCCUGGGUCUCACAAAAGCAAAGAGUAGUUGCUUUUUCAUCUUGUGAAGCAGAAUACAUUUCUGCAUCAUCAACAGCUUUUCAGGGCUUGUGGCUAGCCCGUGCUUGGUGAUUUGGGGUGCAAGGAAGUGGACUGUGUGAACAUGAAGGUUGACAGCCAAUUCGCCAUCUCUUUGAGCAAGAACCCAGUUUUUUACGCCUACAGUAAACACAUUCAAGUCGAUAUCAUUUUAUUCGUGAUUGUGUAGAGUAAGGCAGUGUGGCUGCGGAGAAUGUGAGGACAAGGACCAGCUUGCGUAUAUACUAACGAAGCCAUUGCCGUGUUUGAAGUUCAUCGAGUUGCAAGAGAGAAUUGGUCGUUCAGUACCAAACCUUGGACAAGCUUAGGGGGUGGGGGGGGGUUGUUAGAUUAAUCAUGCCAUCUGUUAUUUAAGCUUUGCUUUCUUCUUUGAGUUUGUUGCAAUAACAAACAUGUGCAUUGGCCAUGAGGUGUAGGCGAUGCCAUGAACACUAUUGUGUCCUUGACUUGCUGGGCAUAGUGGUCCGUAGAAGUACUGGAGGCAGAGUGGGUGAGCAGGGUGCAGCCGAUGGGCGCGCUCCUGAGUGUAUGCAGUAGUGCGUACCAAAACUCUCCUCUUGGUUCUCUCUCGCUGCUAUUCCUCUGCUUCUUGGUAGUAGUUUCAGUGUGCACUCGGCCCGUCUGAGCUUUUGCUUGAUUUAGGUUCCUAUGAGAUUGAGCGUACCAUGGUGUCCACUGUCGUUGUGAGGUUGAGGGAGGCUUGUAACCAUCGGUGGGCACUGUUCAGGAUCGAGUGACAUGAAAACAUGUGAGGUGUGGGAGGUUCGAGAUCAGGGAACCACUAGUGCAGAAAAGCCUACUAGCGGCGUUGGCAGAACGUCAUUAGUGGUACUCGAUCCCCACGUCGCAGUAUGACGCCAUUGGUAUGGGUCACUACUGCCGGCCUCCCACGCCACUAAUGUCACCCAGUUCAGCCCUGUUGCGCGUGGACGCCACUAGUAAGUUGUACACAGUGGCAGUGAUGCGAGCAUGCGCCACUACGGGCGGUCUUAUCAGUGGUGUCUGAUGGGUACCUGCGCCAUUACUAGAUGGUGUUGUUAAUGGUUCUUGUUUUGCCAUGCUAUCGGUCUCCUUGAUAUUAGUAGCGUUUCUUUAUUUGUUUGCGCCGUUGGCCGGAGAGCGUAUCGAUGGCAUUCUCUUAAUUAUCCACGCUAGUAGCCUCUAUUUUGCAUUAAGCCCAAGAAUGACAAGAUAGCAUGCAUAUUUAAAACACAAGUAUGAUCGGAGUAAACAAAAAAAGAACGCACGUUAACAAAAUGCGAAUCGUAUAUAUUUUAAACAACCGAAUCAGGUGUGUGCAUAUGUAUCUUAAAAAACAGUGAUCGAUCAAGUGUUGACAAACGUGAAGACAACAAGAAAUGUAUUUUUGUGCACACCAACUGAACAAAGCAUCUUCAUCGUCGUUUACUAUCUAGCGCUGGCUUCAAUUGUUGCAAUCGAAACACUGGCAUAAUGAUCAGCGUCUGCUAUCGUGGCAAACAGUAAGGAAAUGUCUUCCCGUACUCCCUUUGAGCGCCCCACUCUCUCCGCUGGAGUUUCUACACUGCCAUGGAAUAUCCCUCUAGCGUCGAUGACAUCCUUGUUAGUUAGAUCCCAAGGAUUGCAAGCUUCCGUUGGAUGCGUAGAAACUCUUUUGUGUGUAAAUUAGUUGAGAUGUCCUGUAGGCCUUUACCCACUUUGUCAUGUCAACCUCCACCUUAAAGGUUUUUUGCACCCUUAAGUAUUCCGCCAUAUGAUGGAUGAUGUAGUAGACGUCCAUCACAUUGUUUUCUGGUUGUUACAUGGAACAGAAGGUGGUGUUGAGAUCAAAGCAUCCCACGUCGAAUUUGUUCCUCUUUGACAUUGACCAUGAUGUAUCCUCCUCUGUAUUUAUAAUCAAAUAGAGCAUCAUCUUUAGAUGGGUGUAGUCAUUCUUCUUGUGUCUCAACAAAUCCAGGGCAUAAGCGGUUGCCAACUUAGGGGAUACGAUGAUGAGGACCCAGUUGGUUAUGCACAAACACAAUGCAUGGUUAAUUAACAUUGGUAUGUGCAGGCAUAAUGGAAUCGCACGAAUUCAUAUUGGUGCUAGACUUACAGGAAAAAGUAGAGCACGAGAAGGUGGUCCUACUCCCUAUUGGUAACCAUGAAGUUCAAAAGGUAUUGUUUCCCAGUCGAAUUUUCUUUAGGGUUGCAAAGGUUGCCCUCAUUCAUGAGGUAAGGGCCUUGCUACCGCGGCAACCCAAACAUUUUGGAGUGGCCAGAUUGGCUUGAUAGAGGGCUCAUAGCCAGAUGAAGGAUGGGCUGAGCCGGAAGAAGCUGAACAUUUUUAACAUGUCCUAGCAAUCCAGUUAGACUUUUUCCAUGGGGAAAACAUCCACGAAGUCAAGACCCGGUCGCACCUGCACCAUGAAAAAUGGGCGGUCUUCAUCUCGACGCAAAAUAUUGUCCUUCUAUCGAGCAAGAAUGUCAUGCAGAAUCAUCAUUUCUUCAUCGGGAUGUUGUGAAAAUUCCACGGUAUGACCAGGAAUAUGAUUCGGCCGCAACGGAGGUCUAGUACCCUCUGGUUGGUUCGAUCCUUAGGAUUUAUUAACCUGGACCGCUUGGUUUCUUAAGUGGUUUUUGAAUCUGUUUCUGGUUCGUAGUGCUCUGGAAUUUUUUCUUUCUAGUAGUAUCAUGCUUUCUCUUAGGAUACCCUGCCCACAAUAUCAUCUCCGGCCACAUUGUGAAGUGUGUUCGGAGUCGGCACCAGUAGGGUGGGUUGUUGCUCAUCGAUGCAAUUAUUUGGCGGCGUCUCAAACAAUAGACCCUUCCAGCAAGCAGUUAAAGGAGCAAACAUGGCAUAGUAAUGAUUAAGAAACGAAUCGACAUCCACGACCUCAUGAGCAGCCACUCGGUCCGCCGUCGGAUUCGUAACACCUUCAUUCUGUUUGGUUAGUCCUCGUGUACCGAGGUGGGGUGGGGGUACCGGUGGCGAGGGUGUUUCGUCUGGUGAUGCCAUGCCCAAGUAAUUAGAUCCUUCAGCUACCGAAGGGGCCAAAUUCGGCAAUCAGAGAGUUUCAUCUUCUGUGAUUCCGCCCCUUCAAGUUGUAUAGGAGGCUUCACAUCUUCAUAACCGGGUUCCACCUGAACCACCUCAACCUUACACAUCUUGGCUGGCAACUCCACAUUAUGGAUCACUCUCUGUUUGCGAUUAGGCCUUAUUGCGACUUUCCUCCUCUCACCCCUCCACAUGACGUGGAGAGUGUAUGGCGUGUCUCCCUGUGAAGCAUGUACAAACCACCAAUGUUAGAGAAUCAAACAACGAAUCCAUGCAUGGAAGAUGGUCGAGGUUGGGCAGGCGACGCUUACUAUGAGGGCGUCGAAAUUUGCCGGUGACGAUCGAUGGCCCAUGAAAGGGACAGAGGGGCUGCUAGGAGGUCCUGCGUCAGGACUGCUAUUGGGCACUGCCGAGGGGUGGCGGGAAGGCAACGUGCAGUGUUUCCCCAGGCGGAAUACUAUGCUUGAUUGCGUCAUUUAUAGUACCCAUCAUGCUAUUUACUUGGGCCGUGGCAGCGACCCUGGCUUCGAAUUUCAUUUUAUCUUCAUAAGUAGACUGGCAGGUUUGAUAGGUCACCCCCAAGUUCUCGUGUUCAACACUAUCCACGUCUUUGGCAUUUGUAUGGAAUGUGUAUCCGUUGAUAUCAUAUGAUGGUCACGAUAUUGCAAGGGGGGAAUGUGCAAGGUGAAGAUGGUCUUUGACCUUGAAUCAGUAACUGGCAAUGGAUUUUUCUUAAUGUGAUCCUCGAACCAAGUUGCGAACUUGGCGUUGUGCUCUUCUAUAAUUUGGUCCUCGUUCAGUCGUUCUUUGCUUGCCUUGCGUUCUUGUACCUUCUUAUCGGGCUUUUGUGUGCAUAUGCCCAAUCAUCGACCAUUUGUAUGUGUUGUAACGCUACUGUGUGCUCUCUUGUAGCCGUCCUCUUGUUUAUCAUGAUGCACAUGCAAAUCCGGUUUCAGAAUGGCGCUACCUACUCAUUCGAGCUUGUGAGCGUGCUUAUUAACGGGCAAACCAAUAGAUUUCUCGACAUCAAUGUAAUAUGCAGAAAGAGACACACUCCUCGGUCUUAUAGCCCUGCAUGAUGCUUCCAUCUGGAUGGGCCUUGUUUAGGAACGUAUCCCUUGACGAACCCAUUCAUCCUUUUUAAUGGGAACAUGUUGUGAAAGAAUACCGGUCCCAGUUUGAUGAUCUCAUCAACAAGAUGGACCAACGAUGUACCAUAACAUAAAAAAAUGCGGGCAUGAAGUAGAUCUCAAGCUCACAUAGUAUGAUAAUGAUUUCUUCUUGUGGCCUUGCAAGUCGUUUCAAACUAAUAGAUUUAUAAUAGAUAAUGUCGAAAACAUUGCAAAGGUCAAGAAGUGUAUCGCGGACAUGCAUGUCCAUUACUCUUAAGUGCAUCCGGAAGUAACCUUGUCAUCAUCACAUGACAGUCAUGACACUUCAUUCGAAGACCUGGCGUUUUUUCAUGUCUUAGUUUCUGCAUGGGCUCCCAUAGUACCCGGAACUAACUUUGAUACCUCCGAGGCACUUGAAAUUUGAUCGAGCUCCUUGUCAUCUAGAGUGAAGCAAGCGCGGGGACAACGAUCAUGAUGAGGAGACUAUGUACCCACUACCUAUAAUAGAACUUGUUCUUAUCUAAGAUCUUGGAGUAGAUCUUGUGCUCUAGGAGUCCUGGAUUGAACUCUUGCUGCCAUAUCGGCCUACAUUCGCCUCUAGAGCGAUAUCUAGCGCCGCAUGUUGAAGUUGUUCCUUCAGCACUUGUGUUGUACACAUCGUAGCAGCAAGGUCGAGUUGCUCCUCCACAACCCUUGUGCUGCUUCAGGUGGCAUCAGAGCCUCGUAGACCCAUACUAGUUCUUGUUGUCCUCUUCGACAAGAAGCUACAGCAAGCAAUGGAGCAAUUGGAGAAGAGGAUGGAUGUUGCAGAAAAACAAAUCAAGAGCCGCGUGAAGAUCUUAAUCGGAGAUUUGACCAGCUGGUUGAGAUGAUAAGAAAUUGUGUCCCCCCUGUUACCAAUGAAGGAGAUUCAUCUAAAGAAGAAGAUGUUCAUCAAAGAAUGAGUGGUAAUCUUGGAGCAAGACCGCCACAACAACAUGCUGUUCAACGUGCUUGAAGAAGGCCAAGUUAUGUUGAAGCUUCUAAAGGUGAAGAAUAUGAUGAUGCCCUUGAUGAACCAGAUCUCUACACAUAUCGGAGAGUACCCAACCCUACAUAUGCAAGAGAUACAUACAAGGUGAAAGCUGAGAUCCCAACUUUUAAUGGAAAUGUUGAUAUUGAAGGGUGACUAGAUUGGUUAUAUGAAGUGGAGACUUUCUUUGAGGUCAUGGAGGUUCGAACUGUUCAACAAAUGAGGAUUUCUUUUCUGCUCCUCUUAGGUGGCCUUUGGCAGUCUCUUUUGUACCGUUGAACAAAUCUCUACGACUUCUCCACUCGUCAUCCUCCUUAGGCCACCCCCAUGCUCUAUGAACACGGUACUCUUAGAACUGCCUGUUAUGCGCUUUAGCAGGACAUAAGACGUAUCAUCCCUACACUUAACACAACCGCAGUGUUCGUGGCACACCUAGCCAAAGGCAUGUCCAUAAUCGAGAUACUCAUGCACCGUUAUAAGCAACACAAUUCUCAUACGAAAAUAUUUUCCUUAGCUGGCGUCCUAGGUUUUGACACCUUCAACAACGCAUAAUGUGAGUAGCUCCUCCUUCAGUACCUCGAGAUACAAGUUAAUACCAUUCCUCGGUUGUGUCGGCCCUUGAAAUAUCAUAACCAUCUGUAUAUACUUUCGCUUCAUGUAGAGCCAAGGUGGUAGGUUGUGGAACCAUACAAAGACAGGCAAGGUUUUGUUUGUGCUGCUUUGGUUGCCGAAAGGAUUAAUUCCAUCCGUACUCACACCCAACACGAUGUUCCUUGCUUCUGAUGUGAAUUCCGGGUAUCAAUAGUUGAGUGCUUUCCAUUGGCAAACCAUUUGCAGUGUGCCUCAACACGUCGUCGUCUUUACCCACCAGCUUCCUAUCUUUGUGGCAACGCAAGUGCUCCGCGUCUUUCUUGUUGGCAUAUAGACACUGCAAACAAGGAAUGAUAGGAAAGUACAAUACAACCUUAUGAGGAGUUUGCUUUCCCUGCUUUAAUCGGGGUUCCUCGCACUUUCGACACUGUUCGGUCUUCAUACUCAUUCCAAUAAAUGAUACAGUCAUUGAUGCAGGCGUGGUAUCUUACGUGCAUCAAAUCAAGAGGGUCACGACCUUUGACUCAUCGACGGUAGUAGGUAAUAUGUUACCAUCGGGAAGAACUUCAUGUAGAUACUCCAAUGUGGCAUCCAUGCUUGAGUCCAUGCUUUUGUGUUUUGCCUUGCUGCCUAGAAGCUUGAGCAUGACGUUGAGCUUGGUGUCCUUGGGAUUACAACCAGGAUGCAAUGGAGUUUUCGAGAGGAAGAGAGUGAGGAAAGGAAGAAGAAAGGCUCACAUGCCUACAGUGGGGUGAGCUCAAUAUUGGCCCCCCAUACACAUUAGUAGCAUUGGCAACAGAAACUACGCCACUAUUACGAAAAGCACUUUCGACCCUACAGACGAAUCAACGCCACUAAUAAAACAUGCGCAGAGGCGCACAUGGCAUGUGGGUCCCAAUAUACCUAGUGACGAAGGUCGAAAUAGACGAAAUAGCCCACGCCACUAGUAAGUGAACCACAAGUGGCGUUGGACCAAAGGCAACGCCUCUAGAUUUCGUGGCCCACAUGGCAUAAGCGGAUAAUGUUACGGCAUGACCCUUACAGACCAACACCACUAGAGAAGGAAGUACUACCGACAAAGGAUUUUUUCGGACGUUGCUAGCAACUCUUGGCUUCGCAGGUUGCUGGGUCCCAUUUAAUAGUGUCGUUGGCGUGUCUUCCAAUGACACUAAUGUGAACUCACAAGUAGCGCUGACAAAGUUUCUCACGCUUGUGGUCUUUUGCGAAGAUACUAGUGGCGCAUGGAUUUUGGUCGGCGCCACUAACUUCGUCAACCUAUAGUGUUUUCCUACCAGUGAACCAGAGAAGUAAGGGACUAAAUAAGAUAAGGAAGACCGGACGGGGCGGUGCCAAAUCGGAUGGUGCAUGCAUGUGUACUCGAACAAGACAACCAACACACAGACACACUUUUUAGCGUUUGGGCCUAAUUUCUAAUAGUGGUUGUUAUUGAAUUUUAUACUAAAGAUAGUGGACGACGUUGUGGAAAGCAAUAGGCUUUAUAAUCUGCUUGUUCAUGGGCUAGAUCUUAUUUUUUUCUUGUAUUCAUAUGUCAGCUACUUGCUCUAGAAGUUUACACACUAUACUUAUUUAGUUAUUUGUAUCUUUCUUACCAUUGAUAAUCGAUUUUGAUCUAGGAAGCAUGAGUUUCGUGUCAUGGGUACAUCUAACAUCGGUUUUGAAGGGGGUGCAUGGGGGC